AUGGUUGACUACAGUGUGUGGGAUCACAUUGAAGUAUCCGACGAUGAGGAUGACACCCAUCCCAACAUUGAUACAGCUAGCUUGUUCAGAUGGCGUCACCAGGCCCGUGUCGAGAGGAUGGAGCAGUUUGAAAAGGAGAAAGAAGAACUACAGAAAGGGGCAAAUGAAUGCAAGAAAAAAAUACUAGAUUGUCAGAAGAAACUGAAACAGCUGGAUGUCCAAGAAUCUGCAAAGACAGAAUCACAAAAAACUGCAGCAGGAGGUGGAGCAGCUGAAGAAAGAGGAGAAGAAGUGGCAGAGGAAGGAAGAUGACCUGAAGAAGAAGGAAAAGAACAUGCCAUGGAAUGUAGACACUCUUAGCAAAGAGGGCUUUAGCAAGAGUGUGUUUAAUGUAAAAGCAGAAAAUAAAGAACAAUCUGAAGAAGAGAAGGAGCAAAAACACAAAACCUUUGUGGAAAAGAAUGUUAAGCUGUUAAAACAUUUUGGAAUGCUGCAUCGCUGGGAUGACAGCCAGAAAUACUUAUCUGAUAAUCCCCACUUGGUGUGUGAAGAGACAGCCAAUUAUCUGGUCAUCUGGUGCAUUGACCUGGAGGUGGAAGAGAAACACGCCCUGAUGGAACAAGUGGCUCACCAGACCAUCGUCAUGCAGUUCAUUUUAGAACUGGCUAAGAGCCUGAAGGUGGAUCCCAGAGCCUGCUUCCGCCAAUUCUUCACCAAGAUUAAGACUGCAGAUCAGCAAUAUAUGGACGCAUUCAAUGAUGAGCUGGAAUCCUUUAAGGAGAGAGUCAGGGAGAGAGCCAAGGUGCGGAUAGAGAAAGCCUUGAAGGAAUAUGAAGAAGAGGAACGGAAGAAGAGGCUAGGCCCAGGAGGGCUGGAUCCUGUGGAUGUCUAUGAAUCACUUCCUUCUGAGUUACAGAAAUGUUUUGAUACAAAAGACAUAGAGAUGUUGAAAGAGGCAAUCAGUAAAAUGGACCCCAAGGAAGCCAGCUUUUACAUGAAGCAGUGUGUUGACUCAGGACUCUGGGUUCCAAAUGCCAAAGAUGGUCUGGACACUGAUGGCGCAGAAACAGAACCUGUAUACGAAGAAGCCAAGACAGAAACGGGCAAUCAGAGCACAGCGUCAUAA